UACAUUAUCUAGUAUUUGAAAAGUUUGAAUAAGUUGAACAGAGCUCUUUAUUUUCGACUAAUGGUAAUAUCGAUCGUAUUUAUAAAAUUAUCUUACCUACAUGUGUAGAAAAAGUGGGGGUAAACCAUCAGAUGUUUAUAGGUUUCUAAAAAUAAAUACACCGCAAUCGCUCGCGGCCCGGUAUUCAGUUUGGCUCUAUUCAUCUCUGGUUAGGCUCAACAGAUCGAUUUAGUUAGUUAGAUACUGUAUAUUUUUGAAUUCGUCUUAACAAUAGUUUUGUUUUGUUAUAAUUCAGUAACUAGUAUAAGUCAAAUUAUGUUGAGGAUCGUGUUAUUGUUGUCGUUAACAUGUGUGCUUACUUUUUUCGUUUAUUGCAUAGUUGCCGAUCAAACAGCCAGUAGAGACGAUCCUGAAAACUACUGUAAAUGCGUUGGUUAUAGUUGCGGUUGCUGCAGUAAAAUCAACGUUGAAUUCCUGUUAAACGCAAAAGUGUGCGCAAAUAUCUCUUAUUUGCCUGACCAGUAUGGAAUUUCUGUUACAAUAACUUACAAUGAUAAAAUAAUAUUCAAUGAAACAGAUUCAGUUAAGAAUCCACCACCUUUUUGCAUUGUUCACAUUGAUAAAAUAAAGAUGGAAUUCUGCUUAAGAUUCUAUGACCUUGAUAUUAAAAACAAAUGUUUCUCUGGCUGUGGUGAAUUGGAGAUAAACUUCUACAAGGUCGUGCCUCUCCAGAAAUUCAGUUUAGGCUGUUUCGGGAAAAACUGUAAAAUAUCGCCAACUUUACUUACAAAAAUUUUGAAUACUUUUUACGGCACGACAGAUAAAAAUGACAAACAAGACGAACCUCAGCCUGAAGUCGUAUUGAUAUAAAU